GCCGUUUCUUGCGCCGAACAUCUUCUAACUAUGCGCACUCACGUAUGGCGCAAACAGUUCACUCGCCUCUCACUGCGAGGUCAGCGCCUUCCAUUCCAGCGCCAUCGCGCCUUUCAUUCAGUCGGACGUCAACUUGAAGCCGUUCCAACUCCCAAUCAGGGAACCGCCAAUCAAGAAAGUCCUAUUUCAGAAAACUCAACUAGACCUGCGCCUUCCUUACGACGUGGCCGAUUGACCCAACGACGUCCUAAGGAAGUCACGCCCUUCACUGUCCCGGACUGGUUCUUGCGCCACAAUGUCAGUCUCCAUGUUUCGGCGACAGAUGGCCAAACAGGAGCCAAUAAGGAAUCCCGCUGCUGGACCUUGGUCGAUCGAGAUUCUGGACACACCGUCCUGACCUUGCCUUUCACCGCGAAUCAGUCUGGACAGACAAGUGCUUUCUUCACGUCCUCGGAUCGGCCGAAAGAGAAGGAGACCCAGAGCCCUGGCUCUGCAGCAGAGAAGGACACUGUCCACGGUGAUGGCGUUGCUGGCGCCCUCAACAUGCUUUCUGCCACUUCUGCUCUCGGAUCUCCCGACCCGCGCCUCCUACUCUCGCUCCAACUGCAGCUCCUUCUGCACGCCGCUUUCUCUCAGACCGGUCCUUUAGCCGGACGCUACACAAAGGCCAAUAUCGAUCUGAAUACACAGGAACUUGCUCACAAGGAGCUCGAUCUAUAUGUGCAGCAAAUAGCCAAUCUUGUUCAAGCUGACCUGAUCCAUCUCGAUGCCAACGAUAUCGCAGAGUUGGCUCAGGACUACGUCGAUCCCAAAGGGGAUCACGCUCCCGGCUCCAUCUCUUCUUUGGCCUACGAUGCUUUCAACGGCAUCACUGCUACCUCAAGGAGUUCCGAAGUUCAUGUUCACGUCAUUGAUGAUACUGCAAACGAUGAAGCUAUGGAUGAUGGUGAUUCUGAACAUGCUUCUGACUUGACUGAUUUCGAUUUGGGUAACUCCAACGAAAGAGUUGGUGGUCGCGGGAUUUGGGAUAUCGUGGAAAAAAUGCAGCGUGCUGCUAAAGCUGGCAGCGGUAUGGGUGUUAUUGUCGGCGAGAUGCCAAAAGGUCGUGAUCAAUCUUCCUCGGAAGAGUCCCACUCUCGCGCUGCUGAUCUCAGCCCAUGGGCCGAGUUAAAGCUCUCGACGUUAUUCGACACUGUCAUGGAUAGUGUUCACAUCAAACAAGGUAUAUCUACGAGCGAAUCGCCCAGCAGUUUUCUACACGAAGCCGACACUACUGGAUCCGAAUUAGGUGCACCUCUGCCACCUUCGCAAGAAGGUAUUGAGCGCUUUUUAGCUGAAUUUUUUUCAAAGCGCGUAGAUUCAGCCACGCAGUCGCACAAGAUGGUCUGGACUCAGGAGAAAGAGCCCAUCGCGUCACCAGAGAGUCAGCAGCAGCAACGGACUAUCAUCCACAUCAGAGACAUGGAUUAUAUCCGGAAAGCUCCGCAAGGCGAGACAAUAAUAAAUCUCUUAGUCAAUGCUGUCCAAAAACGAAGAAAGGAUGGUGAGCAGGUUGUCAUUUUUGGUACUACGGCCAACUCCGCCCAAGCACCUCCAUACCCUGGUCAAGACGACGACGAACUUUUCUUCCGCUAUCUCAGAUAUCCUUCGUCGGUCCCGCGUGGUGUUGCCAGCCAGUUGAUGAUGAUGCCUCGCAACGACCAGAGUCUUGAGCGCAGUGUGGCUGAGCCAGGUCUCCAAAGAUUGUUUGAGAUCAACAUGCGCCACAUCCAAACCAUGGUUCGUCACCUAAGUCUCCCUGUCUCUGAUGACUUUUUCUCAAAACAAACUCGAACACACCUCAACAUCCCCGGUACUUCUAAGCUCGGAGACAAGGUCUUGCCUCAUGACGAAAUUCAAAGGAUUGUUCUUUGCGCUGAAAGCUUACGAUCUCUCUACACUACCAGUCCUUCUCUUGAGACUGUCCAUAUCGCGCUUGCUGAAAUGUUGGUCAGCAAUAUUGACGCUAGUCUGAGACCUGUGGCCAGUCGACAAUUGUCCCAGAUGCCCCAAGCUCGCGAGCGUGGAGAGCCGCAAGACGAAUCUGACAAGACCAAGGAAGCUGGCUCGCCCAAGUUGGACAUGGAAAAAUUGAAGAAGUCGUGCUCCAAACAUGAGUUGCGUCUCUUGUCAGGAGUCGUCGACCCUGCAAGUCUGCGGACGACGUUCAAUGAUGUCCAUGCUGAUCCUAAUACAAUCGAUUCGCUCAAGACUUUGACAUCACUCACACUGCUCCGCCCCGAGGCUUUCAGUUAUGGUGUGUUAGCGGCCGACCGUCUUCCGGGUCUUUUGCUGUACGGGCCUCCAGGCACCGGUAAGACUCUGCUCGCUAAAGCUGUGGCCAAAGAGUCGUCAGCGACCGUGCUCGAGGUCAGUGGUGCUCAAGUCUAUGAAAAGUAUGUCGGUGAGGGCGAGAAAAUGGUGAACGCUGUGUUCUCGUUAGCCAAGAAGUUGUCUCCCUGCGUUGUCUUCAUCGAUGAGGCAGAUGCUCUCUUUGGCUCUCGAGGUGGCGCCAAUAAUCGCACAACACAUCGCGAAAUUAUCAACCAGUUCCUUCGCGGAUGGGAUGGUAUGGAUGAUCAUAGUGUUUUCAUGAUGGUCGCUACCAACCGCCCCUUCGAUUUAGAUGAUGCUGUAUUGCGUCGUCUACCUCGUCGCCUGCUGGUUGACCUUCCUCUGGCUAAGGAUCGUGAAGGCAUACUCAAUAUUCAUCUGAAGGGCGAGACUCUUGAUCCAGCCGUCUCUCUAGCCGAUCUGGCCAAGAACACUCCUCUGUACUCUGGUUCCGAUCUCAAGAAUUUGUCUGUGGCCGCUGCGCUUGCCGCUGUGCGCGAGGAGAACAACGCAUUGGAAGCCGCACGCGCCAAGGGCGACACCGAGUUCAAACUGCCUGAUCGCCGUACCCUCACGCCUUCACACUUCGAGAAGGCGAUGCAAGAGAUCUCGGCGUCCGUAUCUGAAGACAUGGCAACACUGGGCGCGAUUCGCAAGUUCGACGAACAAUACGGAGAGAAGAGAGCUCGCACGAAGAAGCCUGGUUAUGGAUUUGGUCUUGGCUCGAGUAAUGCCAUUGAUGAGACUGGCGCUAGAGUUAGACCUAAUGAGCCUAGUCGUUAGACCUGCUGUAUCCUCCAAAUUAUGGAUCAAAAGUUUAUUGAUGUAAGAUUAGCAUGGUGGAGUUUUGGGAAGGGUUGUUGUACGAUACAAAUAUAGCAUAGACUAGACACUUUAUUUCCGGAUUAUUCACAC